CUUUGACCAUUCCAAGCUUCAUUCUUUGGCCUUCUCUGCUUCCGACCCCUUUUUUUCUCUGCUUCAACCAAUAAAUUUUCGUUUACUUCUUGUACCAGAAACCUUUCAAUUAAUCUCAACAUUCUUCUUUCAUGGAUUUAACAAAUUCUUUGGCUUCCUUCAUCAUCAUCAUCAUCGCCACCGUCUUCUUUUUCUCUGGGGUCGUUCAAGGUCAAAACACUAGUUUCAUCUUCAGUGGCUUUAAUGGAAGUGAAGCUAAUAUCACCAUGGAUGGAGCUGCUACUAUCAUCGCCGGCGGUGCACUUAGACUCACUGGAAAAUCACAUCAUGCUAUAGGACAUGCAUUCUAUCGAGAACCAAUACGAAUGUUUGAUGAAUCAUCAUCUUCCUCAAAUGAAGAUGUGUAUUCUUUCAGCACAAAUUUUGUGUUUGUUAUAAAGUCUCCGAGCUCAGGCAGAGGUGGAUAUGGAUUUGCCUUCACGUUAGCUCCGAAAACACAGUUUUCCGACGCAGAGGCAGGACAUUUCCUCGGACUUUUCAACCGAGACAACGACAACAAAACCUCGAAUCAUGUUUUUGCUGUUGAGUUCGACACAGUUAAUGGAUUCAAUGAGACCACGGACAGCCAAGGAAACCACGUCGGGUUAAACGUUAAUAGUGUAGACUCGAUUGAGCAAGAACCAGCAGGUUAUGACACGCCGGUUCGAAACGAAGAUCUGGACUUGGAAAUCGGGGAACCAAUCCAUGCUUGGAUUGAAUACGAUGGAGUCAACAAAGUGGUCAACGUAACAAUCUGGCCUGCCAAUAAAGAGAGACCAAUCAGACCUCUCAUCUCUAAAUCCUUAGACCUCGUUGACAUUGUUAAAGAAUUUAUGUACGUUGGGUUUUCUGCGUCAACGGGGAAGGAAUCAAGCUCCCAUUACUUGUUGGGAUGGAGCUUUUCGACGAACAAAAUGGCUAAUUUUCUUCAUCUCUCUACGCUUCCUUCAGCUCCAAAUGAGAAAGAAAAAUCAUCCAAAAAAACCCAAGUCGCCGCUUUGAUUGGUGCUUUAUCUGCUGUUAGUGUUAUUCUAAUGGUGGUAUUAGCAUGUUUGGUAUUGCACAGACGGAGGAUGCAGGCAGAGAAUCUUGAAGAUUGGGAACUGGAUUGUCCUCACAGGUUUCGCUACAAGGAUCUGGAUAAAGCUACAAAGGGGUUUAAAGAGAGUGAGAUGAUUGGAGUUGGCGGAUUCGGUACAGUCUACAAAGGUGUAUUGCCCACUUCUGGGAUUCAAAUAGCCGUGAAGAAAAUCAGCCGAAACUCAAUCCAAGGACUCAGAGAAUUUGCAGCAGAGAUUGAAAGCUUGGGAAGAUUACGUCACAAGAACUUGGUUAAUCUCCAAGGAUGGUGUAAGCACAAGAACGAUCUUCUUCUUAUCUAUGAUUAUGUCCCUAAUGGAAGCCUUGAUUCUCUUCUGUUCAGACCCAAGAAAGGAUGUGUCUUGAAAUGGGAUGAGAGAGUUAGCAUCGCUAAAGGUGUUGCAGAAGGGCUUUUAUACCUUCAUGAAGAAUGGGAACAAGUUGUUAUUCACAGAGACGUGAAAUCCAGCAAUGUGUUAAUAGAUGGUGAGAUGAAUGCAAGACUUGGAGACUUUGGUCUCGCCCGGUUAUACGAUCACGGCACGUCGUCACACACAACCAAUAUCGUCGGCACUGUUGGGUACAUCGCGCCUGAACUUGCUCGCAAUGGUAAAGCUUCUGCUAGCUCAGAUGUGUUCGCUUAUGGAGUUUUGUUGCUAGAAAUAGUCAGUGGAAGGAAACCUACAGCAAAGAACAAUUUCUUCUUGGUUGACUGGGUGGCUGAAUGUUUCCAAAUGGGUAAAAUUUUGGAGGCAGUAGAUCCGAAUCUGAAUUCAGAUUAUGUAGUUGAAGAAGUGAAGUUGAUGAUGGGUUUGGGACUUUUGUGUUGCCAUCGGAAAGAUGAAUGUAGACCUAGUAUGAGACAAGUACUGCGAUAUCUCAAUGGAGAUGAUGAACUUCCAUUGAUGGAUUUUCGUUGUUAUCUGGAUUCUGAUGAAGAAGAAAGGAGUUCAAGAGUAUUUUUACAAGUUGUAUCUUAUGAUACUGUUACAAGAUCAAUUCGUUCGUCCUCCACUGGUGGUAUAUCUUUUAGUUCUGUAGACACUGGAAGAUGCUAGCUAGCAUCUACCCACUUGUAAUAUUCUUUUUGUUUCUUCUCUGUUAAUGUUCUUGCACUCACAUGGGUAAUUAAUAUUCUUUACUUUAAUAUUUC